GGCUCAAGCUCAGCCACCAUGGCGCAACACCUGGUGUGUCCAGGGCUUCAUAUCCGAAAUCGAACCAGGUGGCCGUGGGCAGUGCUCCCCCUUCUGCUCACCCGCGCUGCUGCGUACGAGGUCCAGGCAAGUCCAUCCUCACUCAGUGUCUUGGAGGCGAAACUGGUGAAUCUCAAGAAGGAGUCCGCAGAAUUGCACGGCCCUCCCUUUCGAGAAGCACCACGUGGAAAAUCUAAAAACAAGAUCGGAGCCGUGCGGUCAUUAGAGGCACAGCUGAGCUCCGAAAACCAGCGCUUGCGGCAGCAGCUGCGCCGUACUAGCGAGCGUUCCGAGGACACUGCAGUAGCUUCGAGGGGUGGGGCUGGUGAUCAGAAGGUGAGCCUGCUCAGCCUGAAUGGAGUACACGGCGAGCCUAGCUUUGCCUUGCUCAUGAGACUCCUAUUGAUUUUCGGUGUGGUCAACACGGCCAUAUAUUUGGCUUGGAGUGCAGAGGGUCCGGUGGUGGAGAAGGUGAAACGUCGUGCUGCAGAGCCCUUGUUGAGGGCACUAGGACGAGGGACUUAUGAAGUCGAAAUUAGCGAGUUGCAGGUCACGAAUCUCCCGGCCAAUGGAUCUGUGGUCCUGGCCCUGGACGUCGGUGGGCGCCGCUUUACCUGCGAGGCCGCCUGUGUGCAGGGCCUGGCGCGCUUCCAGGACCACUUCCGAUUUCCAAUUCAAGGUGGUGGAAGUGAGGGCCAAACGUGCGCCUUACGAGCUUGCCAGGGAGAGGAGACGAUCGCUGAGGUUGCCUUGACCACCAAGGAUAUCAUGCGCAGGGUUCAUAGCAAGCAUGGGCAGCAGUACUUCCACUAUCGCAUGUUCCCCAAGGAGCAACAUUCGGCGUGGCGGCCUUCCUUGGCCCUGCGUUUGCGCGAGGCGCCGACGUCGGCUCGCUGAUGCGCAAACCUGGGUUUGUGGCUGCUCCGGUGGGCCCCGUGUUUCACUGCCACCUCCAAUGCAAAAACAUGCAAAGAACCUUCUUGGUUGCAGCAAGUCUGGAAAGAAACACUGGAAAAUAUC